GCUAGAAGAGAGGGUCCGCACGGUGAGUGUAAGUUGGCAUUACGCACUUUCUCUUUGAGGGGGAAAAAAAAAGGACAAGUUUCACAGGAAGGUACGAAAGUUAAAACCUUUUCCAAUCCCUCAGACACCCGGCUGUUGUUUUUUGUGUGAGGAGUUGCCUUUGUAACUUUCUUUCUUUGGUGAAAAAUGGCUUCAGAUCCAAAGAUUCACACUUUCGAAGAUGUUGCAAAGCACAACAAAACCAAAGAUUGUUGGCUGAUUAUUUCUGGAAAGGUGUAUGAUGUAACGCCAUUCAUGGAUGAUCAUCCUGGAGGCGAUGAAGUUUUGCUGUCAGCAACCGGGAAGGAUGCCACCAAUGAUUUUGAAGAUGUGGGUCACAGUGAUACUGCAAGAGAAAUGAUGGAAAAAUACUAUAUAGGCGAGAUUGAUUCAAAAACUGUUCCAGCAAAGCGCACCUACAUUCCACCUCAGCAAGCCCCUUACAAUCCUGAUAAGACACCUGAGUUUGUCAUUAAGAUCCUACAAUUUCUCGUACCCCUCUUGAUUCUGGGCUUGGCUAUUGCCGUACGUCAAUUCACUAAGAAAGAGUAGCUCAUUACUACACUGGAGGUUACCCAUUUUGAGGGGUGGGCUGGUGGUUUCAUCGGUUAGUUGAAAAGGACAAUCAUAUCUUUUGUUUAAUUUCCCUUUAGCAUUUGUGUGUCAAACUGAAUAGUGGUUCAUAAUAUGGUCCAUUGACGAAUACAAUAAUAUAUUGAGCAACUUUGAGUCUCCUUUGAUUUCAGUGGGGAGACAAGACAAUGUUUAAUUUUGUUGGAAUUUAAAGGCAGGAACAUGUUUUUAUUC